UUUAGGAUACACAUGAUUUUCAAACUCACAGAAACCUCACCCCAUUGUGUUUGCUUCUUGAUGACAGAAUUAACACUUCACCCAACUCUGAUAGCACCCUCUUACCCAUUAAAGAAGCAGAACAUUCCCUUCUUUUUCGUACCUGAAAAAUGUAAGCCACACACAUUGUAAAGCAAUCCAUUCUUCCAUAUUGCAAAGCUUGCAGUGUCAGAAGGCAAACGGCUCUAGUUUCAACCAGAAGAAGAUGGCCAAGAGAUCAGAUUUUGCACAGAAACUGCUUGAUGAUUUGCGUUUAAGGAAAGAACGAAUGAAUGCAUCUCAGAAAUCAAGCCAAUCCAAACAGCCUCCUGUAGAUGCAUAUGCAUAUUCCAAGCAAACGCAAAGGGGAUCCAGGAGUUAUAAAGGAAGCGAAAGUGUUAGUUCCAGAACUGGGAACAUGCCAAAUAGGGCCAGCAGAAGCCAUAGAUCAACAAAAACCGGAGAAGUUUCAAAUCAGAUUGUUCCAUAUGGGACAGUUCAGAGGUUGGAGCAAAGUGGUGAUAUGUCCUUAGCCCUGGCUUUUCCAUUUGAGAAUGGAGGGAAAAUAAGAGGAACUGAUUCUUUCACUGGUUCAAUCAUGAGUUUCUUUAGCCAGCUUAAAAAGGGAACAUUGAGCUUUGGCAAGAUGGAACGACGAGGCAAUUCGGGUCGAGAAUUAGCUUCAGCUAGUCAGUUCCCUGCUCUCUCUCCUGUGCAGAUAAAUGAGAUAUACAAAGGUGCACAGAAAUUAAACCAGAUAUUAAGUGCCUCCAACUCCAAUGGUCUUACCAUAGAUAGACAGUCAAUAGAAUUUGCAAAGGAAUUAUUGCAAGGUGCUAUAAAUUUGGAGGAGUCCCUCAGGAUCAUAGUAAACCAGCAGAAAAAUUCAGAGUUCAUCGUGACGCCACAGAAGAAAACUCGGAUCAUAUUAUUAGAGGAUGAUGAUGAUGAUGGUAAUGAAGAUGAUGAAAAAACCAACACUUCGGAGCAAAAGCAACUGGCACCACCAGUUUUCUCCUUUGACAAGCGCCCUAAACACUCUCAAAACCUUCAAGGAAAUCAAAACACAAGUCUCAUGCAGACAAAUUACUCCAAAGGAAAAAAAUUAAAUAACGGAAAGCAAGAUGUCAACACAUCUAAAUUGCUUCCUCAUCAUAAGCGAUCAUCUAGCUAUGGCUCUAACAUGAAGAGUCUCAAUGCUCUUUCUGAACAAAAUAAUCAGUUGGCCUCAGUGCAAUCUGAUCCAGACAUGAGUAUGAUACCAAAUGUAAUAGCCAAGCUGAUGGGUUUGGAUAAUCCGCCAGAGAAAGUGGAAGGGAAAUACACCCAACAGAGGGAUUCCAGUUCUGCACAAAAGAUAGAAGGAAUGACAUUCAAGCAUACUUCAAAAGGAAGUGAGAAGAAGAUGGAACUGAAGAGCAGACAAACAGAGAAUUUGUUACCCCAGAAAAAGCAAAAAGUGAUAGAAGCUUCUACCAUGCCUGCAACCCAGCAUAAGGAGCUUGGUGUUGAUAAAAGUUUGAAUAUGCGGAAGGCCAAAUCUGGGGCGGUCGCUGAUAAUGGAAUAAAAUCAUUGAAAAGCUCAGAUACGGGCAGCAUAAAAAAGAACAAGCAAAAUGACAGUACUAUGAGGGUCAAUUUUAUCAGAGAGAGUCGAAUAGGGGUUCAGGAGAAAGGAAGAAGACAGGAUCACACAACUAACAGAGAACAGAAAGGCACAGUGAAAGGCAGAACCAAUGAUCUAGUUCUAAAUAACAUGCUGAAUCAGAUGGAACAAGUGAAUCGAAGAUCGGAAGUUAAAUCUUUAUUGCAGGAGCAAAAGGAAACCAAUGGAAGCCUUCAUCAAUCUGAAAAGAGACACACAAACAUGCACAUCUUAGCAAAUCAAGAAAUGUCUCAGAAUCAUCUUGGAAUUCAGGAGUCAAGCUUGGUCUUGAAGUACGGGCCUCGGGAAGAGAAGCAUAAUAAAGAACAGCGGCCCCAGCUGAGUGAAAAGCAAAUGUUAAAGGGAAGAUCACAAAGAGGGAGUGAACCUCCAUCCAGUAAUUUAUCCAAACCCCCGCAUGAGUUGUUCAGUUCUCAGAAGAAGCAGCUAUUCGUAAACCAUGUUGUAUCACUUGAGCACAAUUUAGCAGAAAAUUCCGGUGCUGUGAAUUCGGACCGGUCUUCAAUUAGCUACUAUGAUAAUCUAGUCAGAGAUGAAGUCUCCAAUGGCUUACAUAUGCAAAUCAACGAGAUGAAUAAGGAGUCAACUCAGCUUUCCUCUCCAAGAGAUCAAGUCAAGGGAAGGCAGGGCGUCCUGAAAGUGAUGGUUGAAAGAAGUGUCCACAAAAUAGCUGACAAGAAGGUAAAGAAUACUAAAAAGCAUAAAAGUGAUAUGCCAGGAAAGAUUGAUGAGGUGCUGACCCGAAGAAAUGGAAAAAUUCUCCAAAUCCCGAAACAAAUAAAGCAACAGAGUCCCAUUAUGCAACAAGUGAUGCAAAGAACAUCUGACAAGUUUAAUGUCUCAAAAGAAGCUGAGCAAGAAAGGGUGGGCUCCUCCAAAGAAGCAGACACAUGUAUCAUUAGCUCCAAUAGACCAGUAGCUACCACUGAACCAUCGGAAGUGAGAUGCUCACAGGAAUCAGAAGCUUUAAUUUCCAACUAUUUGCAUCAAGGCGUGAAGUCAGUGACAAUCAGAGAUUUGCAAGAUCAAGCUGCUCUUGUGACAGCAGAUGAAGGAUUGGAGUCAGGCCAAAUUGCACCAUGCACCAUGAAUGGAAUGCAUGAAGACAGGAUGAGCAUGAACUCUCACGUACAAGUGCAAGGCAAGAUUUUUUGCCCUAAACCACUCACAGAAAGCGAAAACCGUCUAAAGUGGAACUUGAUCAAGAGUCAGUUAUUCCUCAACACUGCAGAAACAAUUUUCAGAUUUGACAUGCCAUAUAGCACUCCCCUUGGCAGUGGUUGGGAUAAUCAAGACUUAAGCAGCAAACUCAUGUUAGACUGUGGAUAUGAAGUCAUGAAACGAAAAGGGAUAAGACAAGAGUUCAAAGUUCAUCCUUGCUCAAAGGCAUCAACCAGUACCAUUAGAAUUAGAUCCUUAGAUGACUUGGUUAGGCAGCUGAAUGAAGACAUAGAGAAGCUAACAUUAUACGGAAGAAGCAGGAUUUCCCAAGUUGAAAUUGAGGACUACCUUCCUAAAAUGCUAGAAAAUGACGUGUACAAUAAGGAUCCAGAUAUCGACUGUAUGUGGGAGUUGGGUUGGAAUGAUGAUACGUUUGCCUUUAUUGAAACAUAUGAGGCUAUAAGAAACAUGGAAAAGCAUCUUCUUAAUGGACUUUUGGAUGAGAUCACCAGAGAACUUUGGCAUUUUCAAGGACUGACUAUGAUAGCCACUAACUCAGCUGAAUGAGACAGAUACUACCAAAGAAAGGGAAAAAGAAAAAGAGAAUUUGUGUGUAGUUUCUUAUGCGAUUUUUUGAAUUGUAAUUUAUUGCAAGCCUUUUAUUUUAUUUUAUUUCUAUGAUUUCUAGCCUCAUAUAAACCCAUCAAGAAAAUGGUACUUGUUCUUUCCACCAAAGGCAUUUCAAUUUCUGGGAAGGCCAGAGGAACACCCAGAUGUGGAAGGGUGUGCGUGUGCGUUUCAUUUUUCAAGUAGUUGGAAACAUAAAAACUUUUUGGCUA